UGUGACACUGCCAGGCACGCAGGGUGCGGGGUCUGGCCCUCCCCGAUCCUCGCUGCCGGCUCCCUGUGCCCCGCCAGUGCCCGGGGCAGAUACCUGCCUUUGGCUCUGUCAGUGCUGGCUGGGAAACUGCAGGAGAAUUUGAGUCCUGACCAUCCGCCUUGUCCUGUCUCCAGGGAAGACAACCAUGAUGACCGACUCCCCAUUCCUGGAGUGGUGGCCGUCCAAGGCCAUGUCCUCUCGCGAGCGGCUGGGCCUCCGGGACCGGCCCAAUGACUCCUACUGCUACAACUCCGCCAAAAACAGCACUGUGCUCCAGGGGGUCACCUUCGGGGGCAUCCCCACUGUCCUGCUUAUAGAUGUCAUCUGCUUUCUGCUUUUAAUCUUGGUGUUUUCCAUCAUAAGAAGAAGAUUCUGGGAUUAUGGCCGCAUUGCCCUGGUGUCAGAAGCAGACAGUGAGUCCAGAUUUCAGAGAUUGUCAUCAACUUCCUCCUCAGGGCAACAAGACUUUGAAAAUGAGCUGGGAUGCUGCCCCUGGCUGACGGCUAUCUUCCGUCUGCAAGGCACAUCAUCUUCCUGCUGGUGGUGGUCAGCUUCCUGUCCCUGUGCGUCAUCCUGCCCGUCAACCUCUCGGGAGACUUGCUUGACAAAGACCCGUACAGUUUUGGGCGGACGACCAUAGCAAACCUGCAGACCGACAAAGACCUGCUCUGGCUGCACACCGUCUUCGCCGUCAUCUACCUCCUCCUCACCGUGGGCUUCAUGCGGCACCACACGCGGUCCAUCAAGUACAAGGAGGAGAGCCUGGUGAGGCGGACGCUGUUUAUCACAGGACUCCCCAGAGAUGCCAAGAAGGAGGCUGUGGAGAGCCACUUCCGGGACGCCUAUCCCACGUGUGCGGUGGUGGACGUGCAGCUGUGCUACGACGUGGCCGCGCUGAUGCACCUGUGCAGGGAGAGGAAGAAGGCCGAGAAAAGCCUGGCCUAUUACGCGGGCCUGCAGGCGAAGGCGGGCCAGCGCACCCUCAUCAACCCCAAGCCCUGUGGCCAGUUCUGCUGCUGUGAAGUUCGAGGGUGUGAGUGGGAGGACGCCAUCUCCUACUACACGCGCAUGAAGGACCGGCUGCUGGAGAGGAUCGUGGAGGAAGAGUGCCACGUCCAGGACCAGCCCCUGGGAAUGGCCUUCGUCACCUUCCAGGACAAGUCCAUGGCUACCUACAUCCUGAAAGAUUUCAAUGCCUGCAAGUGCCAGGGCCUUCGCUGCAAAGGUGAGCCCCAGCCGUCCUCCUACAGCAGGGAGCUCUGUGCCUCCACGUGGACGGUCACCUUUGCCGCUUACCCCGAGGACAUCUGCUGGAAGAACCUCUCUAUCCAGGGCCUGCGUUGGUGGCUCCAGUGGCUGGGCAUCAACUUCAUUCUCUUCGUGGGGCUGUUUUUCCUGACCACACCCUCCAUCAUCCUGUCCACCAUGGACAAGUUCAACGUCACCAAACCCAUCCAUGCGCUGAAUGACCCAAUCAUCAGCCAGUUCUUCCCGACCCUUCUGCUGUGGUCCUUCUCCGCCCUGCUGCCAUCCAUCGUCUACUACUCCACGCUGCUGGAGUCCCACUGGACCAAGUCAGGGGAAAACCGGAUCAUGAUGACCAAGGUCUACAUAUUCUUGAUCUUCAUGGUGCUGAUCCUGCCUUCUUUGGGCCUCACCAGUCUGGAUUUUUUCUUCCGGUGGCUCUUUGACAAAACUUCCACGGAGGGCACCAUCAGGUUGGAGUGUGUCUUCCUGCCCGACCAAGGCGCCUUCUUUGUGAACUACGUGAUCGCCUCGGCCUUCGUCGGCAACGGCAUGGAGCUGCUGCGCCUGCCCGGCCUCAUCCUCUACACUUUCCGCAUGAUCAUGGCCAAGACGGCCGCUGACCGCAGGAACAUCAAGCAGAACCAGGCCUUCGAGUACGAGUUUGGAGCCAUGUAUGCCUGGAUGCUGUGUGUCUUCACCGUCAUCAUGGCCUACAGCAUCACCUGCCCCAUCAUUGCGCCAUUCGGCCUCAUCUACAUGCUGCUCAAGCACAUGGUGGACCGGCACAACCUCUACUUCGUCUACCUCCCUGCCAAGCUGCAGAAGAGGAUCCACUUCGCCGCCGUGAACCAGGCCUUGGCCGCACCCAUCCUGUGCCUCUUCUGGCUCUACUUCUUCUCCUUCCUGCGCCUGGGUAUGAAGGCCCCUUCCACCCUGUUCACCUUCCUGGUUGUGCUGCUCACCAUCCUGGUCUGCCUGGCUUAUACCUGCUUCGGAUGCUUCAAGCACCUCAGCCCUCUGAACUACAAGACAGAAGAAGCAGCAGGUGACAAAGGAAGUGAGGCAGAGGCCCGAGUGCCUCCACCGUUCACACCCUACGUGCCUCGGAUUCUGAAUGGCUUGGCCUCGGAGAGGACAGCCCUGUCCCCGCAGCUGCAGCAGACCUAUGGCGCCAUCCACAACAUCAGUGGCACUCUCCCUGGAGAACACUUGGCCCGGAGCCCUGCGGACGGUGUGGCUGCUGCCCACUCGGAGGCCUGAGGGUGGCGAGCUGCCCGGCUGUGCCAGGCUCGGAGGAGCCCGGGAGACGAGAAGACACACGUGGAGAAGUGGCUGGACUCCAACCCCAACCAGGUCCAUCUGAUCUAAGCCCCACUGCUCUGAGAAGAUGGAACCAGAAAGACCUGGGCCUUGGGCCUUUAGCUGAAGGGGAAAGGGUUGAGACUGCCAGCUCCGCACCUUUGGGUGCUGGUGGCAGCAGCGGUGAGGCAGCGCCCUGCCUCACGGACUCACCUAAGCUCUGCGGCUCCCAGGCCCCGCCCCCACAGGCUUCUGGCCGUGGCGCUGGGGUGAUGUGCCCAGCGGUUUGUAGCCGAGAUCACAUGCUGGCCGUUUGCUCCCCGACCGAUCACCCUGGAGACUAUAUCGGGUAACACGUGGGAGAGACCUCCUCCUUCUGAGCACCCAAACACUGCACACCCUCUAGGCACACGCACAGCGGAUGCCAGAGUCGCACCUGCAUUGGGGGCAGUCUCCCUCUGGCCCUGGGUCCCCCCCGCCCCCCGCCCUCCUCUCACC